CUUUAUUUCUAUUAACCUCAAAAAGGAGGACUCUUUUUUACUUUAAUUUGAGUACUUUUUCUGUUUAUAACGACCAAAAACAUUUCUAUUCGAUUAUUAAAAGAUUUUGUACUUUAUUCCCAACGUUAUUGUAGCCACACAUCUUAUCUCAGCUCGGUCCUUCUGAUCAGGUCCCAAAAUAAUCUAAACCAUGGCAAUAAGUUGUAUUCGACUGAUAGCUCUGGUGACAUUGCUUCUGGGGAUCUCUCAAGCUUCAACCAGCUGGUUCACACCUAGCUUCACCGACACUGCCAGCAAAGAUGGUAUUUACUGGCACCGUUCCGAUCUGGCGUACCGCAUGGGGGAGAACUUCCAACCGACCAUGAACAUUGCCUGGGGGAGCACACCCCAGUAUACGGGCAUGUUCUUACAGGGGAACCUCCAGUUCUUCACGGCUGAUUUAGUAUACAUUGGAAUAACAAACCUCUUCCAGGUUUCACCCGGUGGACUUCACGUCAGUGCACUUCGAGGUGCUGAAGAUUUCUACAUAGAUGUCCCUGGAUGUGGAAGCCAACGUUUUACUAAAAGCGUCUUUCAUCUCAACAUCGGAGGUGGUAGGUCCUUCGCAGUCACUUGGAAUAUCGAAAGCCACGCAUCAUCAAGCUGCCCAGAGCUUUUCGGAGCUAUCCAGUUCCCUACGAAAGAGGCUUACGUAGACAAGUACUUCACCAUACACUACAGGAUCGACAAAUGGGAAGCAGGAUACCCGGGAAAGAGGGCAGUUGGUGGUUUUGUGAGACCCUUCGGCGGGGGUGACAUGAUGUGUUACGCUGAUGAUGACGACUUCGUGAUUGGAGUCAUGAAUGGAUUUUAUUGAUAGAAACAUUUUCACAGAUGAACAUAAUGUCUAUUAAUAUUUAAUGGGACGUUUACGAUUUUCCGACUUCUUUAAGAUCUGUUUAUUAAUCAAACCGAACGUUAAAUUUCGUUUUAAAGCCUGCGGUUUCGGGAUUUUGAAACUUGAUUUGGCACACGGUUGAUCAGAUUAUGAAUUUUCAAAAAUCGAAUGAUUAAAAUUGUUUAUAAAAUCAUGCAUCAUGGAUAUUACAUUUUGUUUGUUACCUGUAGGAACAACUUAGAAA